AUGGCUACCCAAAACAUAACCAACCCCAACUCUGUUAAAAGGGCUCGCAUUGGGGAACGCACUCUCCUAGCGUGCAGCGGGUGCAAACAGAAAAAGCUCAAAUGUGACGGAUCAAUCCCAAAAUGCCAGAAUUGCGAGAAGAGCGGUAGAGAAUGCCUAGUGGAAGAUCCUGCAACAGGUCUCUUUCGACCAAGGGAUUAUAUGCAGUCACUCGAGACACGGGUUGCUUACCUAGAGGGCUUGUUACAGCAAGCGCGGCCUGAUGUCGCUCUCGAUCAUCUUAUGGGCCUAGAAAAGGAUUCUUCGAGCUUCUCCCCAUCCGCAGCCACUCCAUUCGUUGGCCCAGGCGAGUCCGAGCCUGUAGGCAACGGUCAGCGGGAUGCGUCGACUGAGGCAGAAGACGCAAGAGAUCAACUAUCGACUGACGUGGCUCUAUUAUGCCUGACAACUGCUAGCAAAGAGCCUCAUUACUUCGGUCCAUCAUCGGCCGUAUCAUUCUCACGUAUCAUCAGUACAGCUAUAGAUCUUCCAAAAAGAUCGCAGGCGAGUACUAUUCGGUUCGAGCAUGGCGGCUUCAUAGACUGGGAUUGUCCUCAGGCGUUUCCCGUUAGUUUCCCAUCGCCACCUCUGGGUACUGCUCUGUCACAAGCGUAUUUCGGAAACAUUCAUGCACAGUAUCCCUUCCUUCAUGAGCCGACUUUUCGCUUCUGGGAAGAGCAGUGUUUCAAGGCGGACCUCUCGGGCAAUCUUGCUGCAGCUGGAGAUAUGGCGCAGUUCUUUGUGUGGAUGGUUUACGCAACAGCGUCUCUGGCUCUGGGCCCAGCUCAUUAUGACACAGCCGAGUCCUACUACAAAAUGGCACUAAAGCAUCAGCCCUUCAUUCUUGAACUCGACAGCAUUGAGUCCAUACAAAGCCUCCUGUCGUGCGCAGUGUACUCCAUAAGGUCUCCAGCGGGAGGAAGUCUAUGGAAAUCGUCUGGCCUUGCCAUAAGAUACUGCAUACAGCUUGGCUACCAUCGAAGCGCCUCCAGGUUUCGGCGAAACGCUAACCCUUUGAUCGCUGAAAUAUCCAAGAGAUGUUUUUGGGUCGCCUAUGAUAUCGAUCGUGUGGCUUCCUUUAUCUUAGGCCGUCCCGUCGGUAUACCAGAUGAUUGUAUUGAUGCUGAGCUGCCCUUAGAUAUCGAUGACGACAAGAUCAAUGCGCUAGGUUUAUUACAGAGUCCACGCGUCUCCCACGACGAGCCGCCCACGAACAUGACGGGCGCCAUCCAUGUGAUAAAACUACGUCGGUUGUGGUCCAAAAUAGGAAACACCAUAUACCCAGCCGUUACACAGUCACCUGUGAGCCAGGAAGUAGCAAAGAAGCCGCUUAUGGAUCAGCUGAGAGCAGAGCUAGAGGCAUGGCACUCCGAGAUCCCUUAUGCACCAGACACGACAGGCAUGGAUCCCCUGUCUGUCUUUGCAUCACGCGAAUGGUUCAGACUGGCUUACGAUCAUUCAAUACUUUUGUUGUACAGGUACUGGAUUACGCACAAGGCUCUACCUGGAGAAGAAGACUCUGUUGAGGAAGCGUUGGAAUGCUGCAUGCAGAAAGCAAAAGAGCUAUGUCUUCUCUACCGCAGAUUGUUCCAAUAUCAAUCCUUGCAGUUUACGUGGGGGUCCCUUCACAUACUCUUCCUUGGAGGGCUCACGUAUCUAUAUUGCAUCUGGAAGUCCACCAGCGUACGACAAGCGACCAAGAGAAUGGACAUCAUUAAUACAUGCAUGGCUUGCAAUACUGCAUUGGUUAUCAUCGCAGAGAGGUGGAGCAAGGCUGUGCCGUAUCGAGACAUCUUUGAGGUUUUGUCGGAGAGGACCAUUAGCCUCAUUUGUGGAGAUGGCAAUCUGUCACGAGGGGCGAGUGAAGCAACACAAGCACCGGAUCGCAAUCAGUCAAUUGACUCGCGAGCUGUUGAAGAUUGGGCCUUGGAUAUUGUCGCCGAUGACAUGCCAGUUGACUCGGAAUGGUUUGUUCAAGAGUUGCUUCAGGGGAUGAGUAACAACGAAGCAUAG